AUGAAAAUGCCUCCGGCCCGGAUUUUUUCCAGAUCCAUCUAUCUUCACACGGGCCCGCGCAUCGCCGGUAUCCGCAGAAGUCCGGAAGAGGUCUUGAAGUCGUCUUCUGGCCACAGUUACGGCGCAAGUAAAGAGAACUUGGCGCCCGUGAAAAACUUUUUGGACGCCAAGUAUGCCAUUCCCGACGAGAUGGCGUUGCAGGUGCUCACACACAAGUCGUUUGCCAACGGAAUCAAACCUUACAACGAAAAGUUGAGUGCUAUGGGCGCAAAAGUGCUCAAUUUGUUCUUGGCCAAACAUGUGGUUGAGGGACCUACGACCAACGAACUAGCGGUGGCAGGCAAGAACUUGGAUGUUUUGGGCAGCCCCAUGGCCAAGGAGCUUUCUGGCCGCAUGGCGCUUGGCGUUUUUGCCCAGAGCUCCAAGUUGAACUCGGUGAUGUUCUGGAAGUCGUACAACUCGCUGUUGAGCUUCGAAAAGAGCGGCGAGUUGAAAGUCAGCGCACAGGUCAUGUAUGCGUUGGUGGGUGCUGUGGCAUUUGCCCACGGCAAGAAAAAGGCCGAGGAGUUUAUCCGGGAGAAGUUGCUUCUGGGCAGCCGCUCGCUCGAAGCGAUCACGGCAGAGCUUGUAGCUUAG